UGUGUUGUUUAAACGCACCGGACGCAGCGAUCGUUCUUCGGCGCACAAUAUGGACCCAUCAGACAUUUAUUGCUUAUCAUUCGGAAAAGGAAACUAUCAUUAUUAAGGAUUUUAUUGAGAUAUUAAAUGGCGAAGCUUUUUCUUUCGUGAACGAUGACGAAAAUGGACAUCAGAGGCCGGUGGGUGGAUGCGCGGAUUUCUUUGUGUCUCGCUCUUCUGAUGCUACUGUUUGUUAAUUUGGAAAUAAUCUCUGCGCAAAUCCGAUAUUCCUUUCAAGAAGAAUUAAAUGUCGGCACGCCAGUGGGGAAUGUAAGUAAAGACCUUGGAAUAGAUCUUGGAAAACUGGCGGACAGGAAUCUUCGUGUCGUGUCAGGAACAAAGCGGGAGCUGUUUGAGGUAAAUCGGAGAGAUGGAGCUUUGUUCGUGAAUCAGAGAAUAGACAGAGAGGAACUGUGUGGAAAAACUCUCCCCUGCAUCAUCAGUCUGAAAGCGGUCGUGGAAAAUCCUCUGGAAAUGCACCAAGUCACAGUAGAGGUAACAGAUGUAAACGAUAAUUCGCCGAAAUUUCCUGAUGAAAAUUAUACAUUAGAGGUACUGGAAUCCGCUGUAGUUGGAUCUAAAUUCCAAGUGGAGGGAGCACACGAUUUGGAUGUUGGUUUGAAUUCCUUACAGUCUUAUAAACUAAACCACAAUCAGUAUUUUCGUCUGGAAACAGAGGAAUUUGGUGAAGAUGGAAAAGUUCCUUUCCUCAUUUUACAGCGACCUUUAGAUAGAGAAAACGCCUUUCAACACUGUUUGGAAUUAACAGCUACAGAUGGAGGAAAACCACCAAAGUCAGGCACUAUUAAUAUAACAGUUAUUGUAUCGGAUAUCAAUGAUAAUUCACCUGUAUGCAAUAAACAGAAGUACGUCAUAACCAUACCUGAAGAUGCACCAACAGGAACAUUUCUGCUGACAAUCAACGCAUCUGACCCAGAUGAAGGGGUUAAUGGUGAGAUCGAGUAUUCUUUAAGAAGUAAAUAUAGAGGAUUCUUAGAGCCUUUUGCGUUGGAUGGUAAAACUGGGGAGCUGACGGUGAAAGGUGGACUUGAUUUCGAGAAAAAGCAGGUUUAUGAGAUGAAAAUCCUGGCUGCAGACAAAGGUGCUGUUUCUCUGUCUACCCACUGCAACGUGAUAGUCAGGGUGCAAGAUGUGAAUGACAACCAACCCGAAAUUGAUAUCACAUCCCUUUCAAGUCGUAUUCCAGAGGAUGCACGACCUGGAACAGUGGUGGCGCUCAUGGGUGUGACGGAUCUUGACUCUGGUGUGAAUGGACAGUUGGUUUGCAGUGUGCCAAGUGAUUUACCGUUUGACUUAAAACCGUCACCUGAUGGACAAUCCUACUCCCUGGUCACAAAAGACCAUUUAGACAAAGAAACAACACACAUGUAUGACAUCACCAUAACAGCUAAAGAUUUAGGAAGCCCCGCCCUAUCAUCCACAAAAGUGAUACAAGUAUGUGUUUUAGAUGUUAAUGAUAACAGCCCUGUGUUCACUGAGAGCCCAUACACUUUUUAUGUAGCUGAGAAUAACAAACCUGGGAUGUCCAUUUUUUCUGUGAGUGGAGUUGAUGCUGAUGGAGGCGAAAAUGCAGCUGUUACUUAUUCAAUCGACCGUAAGAAUCCAGGGCUUCCCACCUCGUCUUUUUUGAACAUAAAUGAAGGCAAUGGCACAAUUUACGCACUGAGGAGUUUUGACUUUGAAACCCUGAAAAGUUUCCAGUUCCAAGUUGUGGCCACAGAUUGUGGAACUCCAUCACUGAGCAGCAACGUGACAGUGAACGUGUUCAUUCUGGAUCAGAACGACAACCCUCCAGUCAUCCUGUAUCCAGUCAGUGCUAACGGUUCUGCUGAAGGUGUGGAGGAGAUUCCCCGAAAUGUGAACGCAGGUCACUUGGUGACUAAAGUCAGAGCCUAUGAUGCUGAUAUAGGAUAUAACGGCUGGUUACUGUUUUCACUGCAGGAGCUUACUGACCACAGUCUGUUUGCUUUGGACCGCUAUACAGGACAGAUCAGAACACUUCGCUCAUUCACAGAGACAGACGAGGCUGAGCAUAAACUGGUCAUACUGGUCAAAGACAAUGGGAACGUUUCACUCUCAGCAACAGCUACUGUGACUGUCAAACUUGUGGAGCCCAAAGAGGCUUUUGCAGCUUCUGACGUUAAAGGUUCAGCAAAAGAUGAAGAGGACAAUAAUGUGACUUUUUAUCUCAUGAUCACUUUGGGCUCAGUUUCCACACUUUUCCUCAUCAGUAUCAUCGUGCUGAUUGCCAUGCAGUGCUCCAAAACCACAGACUAUUCCUCCAAGUAUUUGCAAGAAGCAAAUUAUGAUGGAACUCUGUGCAACAGCAUCCAGUACAGAUCUGGAGAGAAGCGUUACAUGUUAGUUGGACCCAGGAUGAGUAUUGGAUCUACUAUAGUCCCUGGAAGCAAUGCAAAUACUUUGGUCAUCCCUGGCAGGAGGACAUCAUCGGAAGAAGUAAGAAUGUUUCCAUGA